UAUUACUCAAUUUUCCCCCUUUUGAAUGGCAUUUUUUGCCUGAUCACUGAUCAAAUAAGCUCGCGCUCUUCCGCACGAUCAUCUGUGGACAGAUUUGGGCGGGCAUUCACUUCCGGUCUAUCGGCUGCUGUUUGAAUUAUUAUUGCUACAGAGUGGCUCACAGAUGGCCCAAUUGCUCAGAUAAUCGACUCUUGUUCGAUCUCUAGCGGCACAUUGGACAUCAUUUGUCAUUGGUGUGAUCGUGAAUAAAUGUGCCAUUAGUGUCUGUGGAGAAAAUUGAAUUUCUCAAGGUGCUUUGUCUCUAUUUAACCUUCCAAGUGCGUGAGGACAGACAGAAUGACAACAUUUGCACGUCGAGCCCGCAUUUCGUCGCUGGCGCUGAACGAUUGCAUUGUUCUGGAGGGCCGUCCGUGCAGAAUAGCGGAAAAAUACCCGAAUGGCUACAACAAACUCUUCAUCGCUGCCAUGGACCUCUUCACAGGCGAAUGUUACGAGCGCAACAUUGAUGUGAGGGAGCGAUUCGACGUGCCGCACGUCUUCAGGGUGCACUACAAGCUCGUGAACAUCUCCGAGGACGGCCAAGUGACUCUUCUGAGCCGCAGCGGAGCCAUAAGGAGUGGCCUGAAGCUGCCCAACAGUGAGCUGGGCGAGACGAUCAAGAGGCAAUUCAAUGAGCUCCUUAAGGAGGGCGGACUCGAUUUCGAAUUCAACAACAACUUUCAGGUGACGGUGACGCAGUCAAUGGGCGAGGAGCACAUCACGUCCUUCGGCGUCUGGGAGGAUGACGCCUAAGAGCCAUCACGUGCACCGGUUCAUCAAUAAUGACUCAAUUUCCCCGCCAUUUCCACGCCAAAUUGCAUCCACCUCGUCAUCUUCUGACUGCGAGUCUCACUGCGAACUCUUGUGCCAUAUUUUAAAGAGGUGUGAUAAUAUUGAAAAAAUAAAUAAAGCACUAAAUGAC